AUGUCUCCGGUUGCCAAACGCAAGCUAGACGUACGGUUGCUCCUAUGGGGUCUGUUUCUGCUGCAGAUAUCGCUCAUCUGCCUGUUCGGUUCGCUGCUGGUAUCGACCGCGACCGAGACAGAGGAAGUCAUCGAUGGCCAACCAGAAACAGCUGAGCCUCAGCAGCUGGUCGCAGGAGGCGAGGUGCAUCGGAUCGCGGCAUCGCUGUCCGCCUGGUCACCGUUCGGCGUACGGUUCAUCCCCAAUCGAACGGCAGAGGCAGCUCGUGGCCACCGACAGGCAGCUGCCAUUAGCAAUGUGGCCAAUUCCAUCACGCCUGAAGGUGAAAUUGCGUAUCACGCACCAGUUCGUGGGAAGCAUUACGGAGCUAGUGGUCAGCUGUUAAAAAAUAAAUUGCUACAUCCACGGCAUCCCAAGUAUCAGCCAUGGAUUCAGCGCAAGGUGGCCAAACCAGAACGGGCUGAUAAAUAUUUCAAGACUAUUCUCUACAGCGACUGGCAGGGGAAUCGCAAACGACAAUUGUGUUUUAUCGAAGGCACGCAGGUGGUGGCUACCAAAGAGAAGCAACUAGAAAGCGACAGCAUCGGCAACAAUGAGACUGAACUUAUACAUACAGGAAUGGAAGGGCGAGUGCCAGCGGUAGAUAUCGGCACCCUCAGCAAAGCCAAAGAGCUUAAUAACGGAAACGGACCAGCGCUGGGAACCGUGUACGCGGUAGGCGACGAAAGCAUGGUAAUGAUCGGCGAGGACGGCACGGGUCGUUGUCGCUGCAAUCCACAGUGGCACGGUGCGGACUGUGGGCAGCCCGAGGUGGUGUGGCGUGCAUUUAUCACCUCAAAAAUUCCACCACGGGAUCAACCGGCUUCCGCACGGGCUGUCGCACGCAACAUCUUCUACAUCGUCCAGAGCACCUUCGUCAGUGUGGAGGUUUUAGAGAUUCAGCUAAUGGAGCUUGCCGACCAGGUGAAUCUUUUUGUGCUGUGUGAUCGAACGACGGAAGCAGUCGAAACGAACGGAGCUUCGAUCGGCCACCACGUUGAGGAAACAGAUUUUCUACGUUCCCUUCGGGACCGUGUGCUUGUCGUUACGGAUCCCACGUGCAGCGGACGAAACGUGUUCCGGAAGCUGCAAAAAUACACAGCGAAAGGGGCCAUCAAGGCGGAUGAUAUUGUUCUGCUCAGCAGUACGGAUGAGAUUCUGAACCGCAAGGCAGUAGCGUACCUCCGGUGGUACGAUAAUUGGCCACAACCAGUGCGGUUUCGCCUAAAGCACAACGUGUACGGUUUCUUCUGGCAGCACCCGGAUAACAACACCGUAAUCGGUAGUGCAGCUGUGCAAGUGGGCACACUGCGAGAGGUGUACGGUUCCGACCCGGAUCGGUUGCUUGCGAUCGAGAAACCGGUAAUGCUGAUAGGCGAUCUUAACCAUUUCGGUGGAUGGUACUGCCGCCGGUGUUACCAGCCGGGCUCGAUCGUGCAAUACUUUGAAUACCGAGCGGCAGCUGGUCGGGCGGCCGAUCCGGUGUACCUACCGGAUCCGAAGCGCACGAAGGUGCUGAACGAAGAGUACGUGCAACAGCUAAUUGCGGCCGGCAAGGAUUUCGAGGAUCGUGAGCGACCUCUCGAUCGGCUCAGCCGGCGAACGGACAAGUACUACAUGCCGGACUAUGUGCGCGAUAAUGGUUGGAAGUUUGACAACAUCGUAUUGAAUUUGUUUGCCCGCUGGGAGGACAACCUAGCAGAGGAUGACUACUUUAGCUAGGUCGUAGGUUUUGAACCGGUGUUACUAACCGUUGACUUCUACCGUAAGGGGAGUCGUACCUGAGUCCGUCAA